UACAAGAGCGUGAUAAACAAGGCGAGCGCUAUUCAGCAGGAAGUCAAGCCAUAGCAGCGAAGUGCGCAUGCGCCGCAGCUCUCUUCAAUCUAGGGCUGCGUUUCUCUCCAUAAAACGAUGAACAAACUCCUUGAUAACUGUCGUAUGAAAGCAGCCCCCCUCUGUAGACUACUCUGAGUGUGAUGGCGACCACCGACGAGGUCACGGUGUCCAUGGCGGAGGUGGUGAUGGUGAAGAGUGACAAUGAAGGAGACCCAGAUGACCCGAACAAGACUCAGGUCAUCCUCCAGCUCCAGCCGAUCCCCACUGGAGAUGAAUCUGCUGAAACCGAUGCAGCUGUCAUGACUGUUGAAGCACAUCCAGAUCAAACUGAUGGAGAGGACGUUGAAAUUGGCUGUCCCAUAACAUGUGGCGAGAGUAAAGCUGUGUUGCUAGUGAAGAAAUUUGUAUGCCCAGGAAUCAAUGUAAAGUGUGUAAAGUAUGAAGACCAGCUGAUCAGCCCCAAGCAGUUUGUGCACAUGUCUGGGAAAGCCACUCUGAAAGACUGGAAGAGAGCCAUCCGGAUGGGUGGAGUCAUGCUAAGAAAAAUGAUGGAUUCGGGUCAGCUUGACUUCUACCAGCACAGCACACUGUGCACCAACACAUGUCGCAGCACCAAGUUCGACCUGUUGAUCAACAACACGCGUUUCCCUCCGGACGGCUCCGGGCUGACCACGCCCACAUCCUCUCAAGCUCAGGUGGUCCUGGGUAAUGGUGGGACAGCGGGCGAGGACAGAACAGAGGUUCUGAGUGCGAAGAUGGACUGGAUUUCAAGCUCGCUGGAGGCUGCGGACAGAAAGGAAUCGCACGAGAUCUCAGAGGACACGCUGAACUUCUGGAAGGGUAUCGCCGAUGUGGGUUUGCUGGGCGAAGUGGUGACCAACAUCAGCACGGAGCUGCUGGAGCUGCUGAACGGCGUGCAGCAGCGCAGGGAGCCAGCUGGCUUACAGGACACAGAGGUGGCGGUGCUCAGCAACCUUGCCCAAGUGUUCGGCCUGCUGGACUCGGUCAAGAAGACGCUGGAGAAGACGAGGCAGCAGAUGGAUCCCAGCCAGGAGCACACCCUCAGCACGCUCACCAACCUGGAGGUGCAGCUGGAGGAACAGAGGAAGCAGCAGCAGGUGCGAGCUCUGCUGUCCUGCCCGCAGCCCGCCAAAAACAAGACUCCCACCAAGCGCCAGACCAAGCGACCGCGUCUCCAGAGGCCCGCCUCCACCACCACCCUCAUGACCUCGUCCCUCAACCAGCAGGCCGCCCUGCAGCCCCAGCAGUUCACCGUGCUCUCCCCCAUCUCGCUGUCCUCGGUGGGCCAGCCGUUUACCAUGGCGGGCCUGCCCAUCGCCUCCCUGGCCCAGUCCUCCAACACGGUCACCCUGCUCCCCGCCGGCUCGCAGCUCUUCACCCGCUACAUGGUGACCGGCGGAGACGGAAAAGGGGACACCAUCACCUUGCACCCGUCCUCAGGCCUCACACUGGUGGGCACCACCAUGCAGGACUCCAGCCAGCUGGGCACCAUGGUGAGCCCCAUAGAGCUGCUGCACCUGAGCCAGCAGGCGGCGGGGGGGGGGGGGGGGGGUCAGGUGAUGGACGGCACCAUGCUGGUGCAGCAGGAGGUGAUGCAGAGCGAGGCGGAGGCCGGCCAGGAGCACACGGUCAUCGAGAUCAACCCGGCUCCCAUGGAGCAGGCGGUGGGGGUGAUGGAGCUGCAGCUGAGCGAGGAGUCGGGCAGAGACGGGGCCGCCAUGAUGGUCCAGAGCGCGAUGGAUGUGACGAUGGCUGCAGCGGGGGAGGAGGAGACGCAGUGCCAAAUGCAGGAGGCACAGACUGGGGGGGUUCAGGGGCUGCAGCUGGACGCCAGCGGACAGUUGUCAGGGGUACAGAUAGUGGUGAUAGAAGAAAACACUCAGGAAGAAAACACGGUCAAAUGAAACGCACCUCUUAUUUUAUCCAGCAGAGCAGGUAUGGACUCAUACGGAGCCAUCACAGACUUGUGAAACUGUAAAUACACAGAAUUUCCAAAUCCACAAAUUGCCUUGGCCUAAGACCAAGCUCUAGGGGUAGCCAUUUUUGUGUGUGUGUGUGUGUGUGUGUGUGUGUGUGUGUGUGUGUGUGUGUGUGUGUGUGUGUGUGUGUGUGUGUGUGUGUGUGUGUGUGUGUGUGUGUGUGUGUGUGUGUGUGUGUGUGUGUACAUACAUGCUCCUCUCAACUUGUUGAUUUUCAUUGAAACAAAAAAGACAUCACAACAAGGAAUCUACAGUAUGCUUCUGUUUGUUUUGUAUUUAAAGUAUGAUUCUAGGUUUAUUACAACUUCGGUUAAAUAUGUGUAAUUUUGGCUAUGAUUUCGAGCUGUAAUGACAACUUUGUACUCGCCAAGUUAAACACUGAGACAUGAGAACGUGUAGAUUGUAAAUAUUUCUCAUCAGAAGUCAAACGGGGCCAGACACCUGAGUAGUCAGACAAUCAGGUUAGCCACACCUGAAGUGUCCCCGGACCCGUACCAGGUUCGUUUUUGCUACUGAGCCGUGAGGAAACAAACUGAUUUGGCAAAAAGAGCUGAAUAAUGUUAACAUUUCAGGCUAUUUUUGCGAACCUAUGGAUACUGAUUUUGAACUUAAAUAUGUCGAUCAACACCGACUUAGCUCGAUCUAAUCCCUCGAUCUGUGAAUGCUGUGCUCCUGUUACUGUAGCUACAAACUAGCUAACGUUUAGGAGAGAAAAAGUUUUUAAAAGAGCUGUACAGUUUCCUUAGCCUGAUGUCUAACCUUUUAUUUAGGUCACAAAAGUGGUUCACAACUACGUUGUAGAUAUAAAAAUGAUCUGUAGAGCUGUGUCUGUUUACAAGCUGUCUGAUCGUCUGCCUGCUUGCAUUUCUUGCCCCAUGUGGCUUCGUUGAAGAGAUGUCGCUGUGUCCCCAGAUCUCAGCAAUAACCUCAGUCAGUACAAAGUCAUCAAAACCAACAGAAACGAUGGCCAAAAUGACACCAAAAAAAAUACCUCUGUUGUAAUAAUCUGGAAUCAUCCUUCAAGCCUCCACGAACAACCUGAGGACAAGGGAAUGCACUGCAACUGUAAAGUCUUAAUGGUGCUGAUGGACACUGACUCAGUAGCAGCAGGCUGCCAGUCCCAGCCCUCUGCUGUUGAUCAGACGUAUUACCAGUUAACAGUGUUGCUGUCACUUCAGGCUGGGAUUAAUUGCACUGUUGUGUCGUAGUGUCGCAUCCAAGCUGUAAUGUUUUUUUGCACUGUGUGGCGUCCUUACAGGACUACAGGAAGAUGUUCGCAACAAUGCCUGCUCUCCAAACAUUUCUUUAGAAUUUGAGUGGUUUUUAUGUGCAUAGUUAAAUGGAAAACAGACUCAACUUCUUCUCUCACUGGAUUUGCAUCGCUUAUGCACUUAUUCUCUCAGUGGUUUCUUACUGCCUGUUUUCAUUCACAAACUCCAUUUUUUUACUGUGUUCAUCUACGUUUUUUUUCUCAGUAUGAUAGAUAGUGUGAGCUACUGGGCUGAUUGUUUAAGUCAAUAUAUAUAUAUAUAAAAAACAAACAUAUGUAUACCUAAAUGUCAAACUUGGUAUGCCUGUAUUUUAGUGUCAUUUAUUAGUUUCCGAACUGAAGAGUCGGGCCUCAAUGUUUAAGUUGCAACAUGGAUUAAUUUAUGCUCCCGGCUGUAAUUUACAUCAACAAAGACUUGUGCAUUUCCAAUAAUUUAAUUUAACAAAUGAGGGUAUUUGCAUACUGACUUUGUAAUGUGUUUUAAUAUCAGAUUAAAACAGAAAACAAAACAAA